UUUCGUUUUUUGUAAGGGAGCUGGAAAAAAAAAGAUUUUUUGGUUUCAUAUCCACUCUAUAUAAAAAUAGUCUUCUUUUUUUUUUUACUCAGCUACAAUAAUUCCCCUUCUCUUUCACUCUUUUUUCCCUUUUUUCUAGUAUAAUAUGGAUCACACGCUAGCAUCUUCUUUGGCAGGUUACCUGUCAAUUUUAUGUUGGCUCAUUGUUUUCACACCGCAAUUGUUGGAAAACUAUAAACGCAAAAGUGGCGAUGGUCUGUCCAUGACCUUUUUGGUCAUUUGGUUAGCAGGCGAUGUCUUUAAUCUUUUAGGUGUCAUUAUGCAAGAUCUGCUGGUUACCAUGUUUGUUCUGGCACUUUAUUACACAGUGGCAGAUAUGGCCUUGAUUUGGCAGGUCAUUUACUAUCAGCGUCAACAAAAGCCUAUUGAGGAAGAAGUCUUUCCUGGAGAAAGCAGUGUGUUAAUUGGACCUUCUUCGUUACCCACCUAUGAUACCACUACGAUAAGUAGUGCAACCAACAAGAAGACCAGUCAAGCUAAAAAGACGAGAUUAUUUAAUUGGACAUCAGCCAUUGCAAUUGUUUUAGUGACAGUCAUUUCGUGUUACACAUAUUACAAUGCUCAUUGGAAGCACAACCAUCACAAUGAUGAUGAUACAAAUCGAUUGAACUGGCUUCCUCAGACGAUGGGAUGGACCAGUGCUGCUCUUUAUGUUGGUAGUCGUAUCCCUCAAAUUUUGAAGAAUUAUAAACAUAAAAGCACAGAAGGUUUGAGUUUUGGCAUGUUCAUCUGUGCAGUUUUAGGCAACGUCUUGUUUACCUCGUCUAUUUUCUUGAAAUCAACAGAAAAGAGUUACAUCCUGAUGAAUCUCUCUUGGAUCAUUGGAAGUACAGGCACUUUAAUUUUUGACUUUAUUAUCUUUCUGCAGUUCUUUGUGUAUGAAAAAGAGAUUGAAAAAUAAUACCCCCAAUCACUA